AUGGUGCCGAUACCAGCCUGGCUUGAUAUCUUCCGUUUCUGUAGCAUCUCAGACUUGGGUGCCAGUUUGGCCGUGGACAAGCACUGGCGAACAGUUGCGGACUCCUACCACGUCUGGGCUGAUGCCUAUGAGCGAACGCAAAGAGUGGAUGACUCCAGUUCACCCAACGGUGAAGGUCCAUUGCGAUCCCUGAUCCAACGUCCCUUCGGGGAGGACGCCAUAGGUUGGCACGUGGCGGUGCUCUCCGAAGAGAACGCUCCCGAUGGCUCGGAGCAAGAGAAGUAUUUCACAGGUCAUAUUGUGGCGUAUAGCGCCGAAACGGACACCUACCUGGUGGCCUACUCGGGAAGUGAACCUGUUAUCUCCUGGGAACAGGAGAGGCGGAAAAGAACUGCAGCCAUGAGACAUAAUCCGUCACUGGCUGGAAAGAGCCGGUUUUCCUUCCUGUCUCCACCCGCUCACAUGGCCCCAGGUCAAAGUUCUGCUUCCGGCGAUUCCGAGAAGGCCCGGUUUGUACGUGAGGAGGUCAGUUCCUGGAAGCAGGAACUGAAGCACAAUGUGCUCCACGCGCCCAACCGGCGAGUCACACAGUUGAAGGACCACAGUGACGAGGUCCUCUUCGUCGUUUUUUCACCCUGCGGCACACGCCUUGCGAGUUGCUCACGAGACUUGCGGACGAUUGUCUUCAAAGUAAGCUAUCACCACAGCGACGACGAUAUGGACCGUAGGGUCGGAAGCCAAGCUUCAAGGCCUUUGGAUCCAUCCUUUGAGCGCGAGGCGAUUUUCACGCAUCAGACGGCCCCAUGCAGGGCGAUUUGGUGGCCCAUUCCGCCCUACAACAUGGUGGCGGUGAGCACCGAGGACGCAGGUGCUGGGUGGCAAGCAUCCAAAGUGGAGAUUUGGCAGAUUGGACCGAGUCCAAACUUGGAAACUCCACCAGAGGGAGACACCGUCGAAGCUGAGUAUCCCCUUGGUGUGAACGCUCACUGCAUAUUUCAGUGUCACAAUCGGCCCUUUGACAUCUACGCCGCCAUCUUCCCUUGGCCCCCGUCCGCGGGUGAUAGCGAGAAUCCAGAGGAUCUCCACAAAAGUCUCUGCUUUUUGGCCGGCUGGGCCGUUCUUCGAGAGAAUGAACACUACGUUCAGUGGCUCAACGUUUGGCCUGGUCCUUUGCAUCCCUCCUUUGACCCCAAGGCCCCAUUGACUGCCAAUGGUGCGCCAAAGCCCUUAGCGAGGCUGCGCCUUGAAGGCGAAAUGAAUUAUCUUCACUGCUUGGAGGUGGGACCCGCGGCUCAAGGUCGCCGCUCUCGUCAGAUCCUGGCGAUGACGGGCAGCAUGCCGCACCUCUGCAAUGAAAUCGGUUUGAUGGAUUUGGAUUCGCUUCAACGAAGGGGGGACGGCUUUGAAGGACUUCCAGAAGGAGAGGUGCCUUCUGCCUUGCCGAAGGUCUACGACGUGGGAGUCAAGGUUCACUCCAUGGGCGAGCGUGUGGUACUGAGCGCCAAGUGGAAUGCUGCGGGGGACUUCAUCUUGCUGAACACCAGGCCAUACGCAACGAAAGGUGGAGGUACUACUGUCUCCGAGGGAGAUACCUUUGAGGACCUUUUGGUAAGGCCAGCACCCGACUUGUCCACCCGAAUGGAGUUGUUGUUGCUGGAUGCCGCUUCGAUGGAUGUGUUGUCUGUUUUCGAUGGCCACUUCGCGUUCACGACCAAGGAAAGCCCGUUCUUGAUCUUUACCGAAGAGUGGGCGAACAGCGACUUUGUUGCGAGUGGCGGGGAGGACCAUCGUGUUUACGUUUGGCACCGGCGGCAUCGCCGCCUCGUGCGCCGCCUUUGUGGCCACACCGAGCCGGUGAAUGCGGUCAGUUGGAAUGGCAAUGGCUUGCUUGCGUCUGCUUCUGAUGACCAUAGCGUCAUCAUUUGGACCUCAGGUACCCGCCAGAAAGCAUGA